AGAGCACUCUGGCUUGAGGUGCCUCCGCGCGCCCCGGCCCGAGGAGAGCGCCUGGCGCCCCCCCCCCCGCGCGUGACCCGCGCCUGCACGUUAGACCCGCUUGGGGCUCACGCGAUCCAGGAAUGGCGCCGGGUCUCUCUGCCGCGGCGCUGCUUACCUGCGUCGCGCUGGCGAUCGUGUCAGAGGCCGCGCCCGUGCCCAAGGGCCCGCCGAAGUCCCGGCCGAAGGGCGCCGCGGUGCCCGCGGAGGAGGCUGCGCCCGUGCCCGAGGGCCCGCCGAAGCACCUGCUGACGGACGCCAUGGCGCCCGCGGAGGAGGCGGUGCCGGAGCCCCCACCGGUGGACGUGCAGGAGUCGGCCGCGGCCGACGCCGCAGAGGCGGCCAAGCUCGAGGAGGAGGCGGAGGCCGCGGCCGCCGAUGAGGCCGCCAACCCAACGAGGGUGGUGAAACUCGAGGCGGCCGAAGCGAUCUCCCUGCCCGCUGGCGUCCCGCUGGCGCUUCCGUCGGUCUUCGCCUCCCACAUGGUGGUGCCAGCGGGCGUGCAGUUCACGAUGUGGGGUCUGGCCCAGCAGGGGACGGGGCCGGUCUCCGUCACCAUGAACAGGGUGUCGGUGAGCGCCGAGCUGGAAGCGGAUGGCAGGUGGACGGUGACGCUGCCAGCCAUGGAGGUCUCCUCGUCGCCGACCGCCAUCACCAUCGCGUCGGCCACGUCCAACAUCGAGCUCGAGGACGUGCUGGUCGGCGACGUGUACGUGUGCAUGGGCGGGGACAACAUGGGCAUGCCCCUGAACGCGUCGCGCCAUAGCGGCAAGGCCCUCCAGACAGCCGAGAAGAUGGGUGACAACCUCCGCAUCAUGAGCGUCCAGCAGGUGGCCUGCUGCGCCAUUCCGCAGGACAACUUCACCGCGCGGACGCCCUGGCGCCGGACCUGGUCGGAGGAGGGCACCGAGGGCUUCAGCGCGCUCUGCUACCAUUUCGGGGUGGAGCAGAUCACUCGGCGCCCGGACCAGCCCGUGGGUCUGAUCCAGGUCACCGCGGCGGGUAGCCAGAGCUGGCAGUGGGCGCCGUCUCACACAGCACAGACGUGCGAGAGGCCGGGCGACGUGGCCGCAGACACGGUGUCCAUCUACUGGAACUCCAUGCUGCGCCCGCUCGUCCCGCUGAAGGGUGUUCGCGCGUUUCUCUUCGAGCUCAGUGGCGACGGCUGCGUGUCGAUCGACAUGGUGUAUCAUAUGCAGGAGAUCUGGCGCGCGGACCGACCGGGAGACCCCGAGAACGCGGUCCCCGCCAUCAUUGGCGCGCAGUAUUCUUGCACUAGCCCGGCAGAGCUGACGCGCGCGGACUACGACUACCAGGAGGCCUUCCUGCAGCUGCCCCGCUCCGGCUUCGCCGUGACGUCCGACCUCUGCAGCGUGACCGCCAGGGGCUGUGGCUCGCACUCGCCCUUCAAGCAGGAGGAGGCCCAGCGCUUCGCCACGCGGGCGGAGGCGCUCCUCUGGAAGAAGGAUGGCGUCCCGGCGAACGCCCCGAAGCCAGUUCACGUGUUCGUUGACAGGUACGAGCCGUCUUGGGGCAAGUUUCAUUACGGGGUUGUCGGGGACUUCACCUGUCACACCUGCGUCUGGGGCAUGCGCAUCGUGUUCGACCAGGACGUGGAACUCCGGCCCGAGUUCGCGGACUUCAAGGGCGGUUUCAACGGCCACAUCAACGGCUUCCAACUCUACGUCAACACGAAGCCUGGGCUGAAUUACUUCCCCGUGACCAUGCAGCUCAAUUGGGUCGGUGGCAACACGGUUCAGCUGAACGCCACGAUCAAGGUCGGCGCGCUGGGGGUGGACAGCCCGUGGCCGGGCAGGCUGCAGUACGGCGAGGGCCCCUUCCCGGUGAUGCCUCUCGUCAGCGGCGCCACAGGUGAGCCGGUGCCUCAGCUCAGCAUCGAGGUGCCUCUUGGCGACGGCAAGGCGGAAUUGAGGAAGUUGUAUUGAGUUCCUGCAUUUUCCAGCCCAUCAUUCCGCUCACUCACGAGUUGGUGUUUUCAAUGGUUGCAGUUGAAGGGAGGAGAAGUUGAAUGGGAGGAGGGGC